CUUGGUGGCUAGCUAUCUAGGCAACUUCCCUCACAAAUUAUAAUUAUCAAAUCUUAAUUAUAUAUCAUAUCUCUAGUUCAUUCCAAUGGGCGAGAAAGAAGCCACACAAAAAGAAGCAACCGGCAAAAAGGUUAUUAUUGAUGAUGCCAAUGACAAGCAGAAGAAGGUUGUUGAUGAAGGACCCAUAAGUGUUGUUCUUAAACUCGACUUGCAUUGUGAUGGUUGUGCCAAAAAGGUCAAAAAAUCCGUGCGUUAUAUGCAAGGUGUGGAAUCCGUGAAAGCCGAUUCUAAAAGCAACAAGCUAACGAUAAUUGGGAAAGUGAAUCCAAUACAUAUUAAAGAGCGAGUUGAGUACAAGACCAAGAAGAAAGUGGAAAUUAUCUCACCCAAACCAAAAAAAGAAGACACCGAUCAAGGUGACAAGAAAGCUGUCGAUAAGCCAGCUACCGAACCAAAAUCGAAUGACCAAAAGCCAAAAGAGCCUCAAUCAACAAGUGUGGUGUUGAAGAUUCCUUUACAUUGCGAUGGUUGCAUACAAAAAAUCAAACGUAUCAUCUUAAAGAUUGAUGGGGUGGAAUCUGUAAAACCAGAUGGUAACAAGAAUUUGGUCACGGUCAAAGGAACAAUGAAUACGAAAGAGCUUGUACCCUAUUUAAAAAAUAAAUUGAAAAGAGAUGUUGAUAUUGUAGUCCUUCCAGCAAAAAAAGAAGAAAACAAGGAUAAUAAUGUCGAGAAGAAAGACAAAACAAAGGUAGAAGCAGGGGAAAACAAAAAAGAUGAAAAAAAGAAAGAAGGCGAUAACGAGGGUGAGACUAAGAAGAAAAACGAUGUGGCAAAAGAGGCAGCCAAUAGCGUCGAGAAGAAGAAAAACGACGAGGAGAAAGAUGCAAGUGGUGAUCAGAGUGAAAAGGAUAAAUCGUCGGGUGGUGGUGAGGCAACAUCAACAUCGAUAGGAAGUAGUGGCGAUGAUGGAGAUGGAAGCAAAAAUAAUAAUGUCAAUAUUGUUAUGAAUAAUAAUAAGUUGGAAUAUUAUAGACAUGACCCGUAUACGACAUACACAAUGCCGCAAGUAAUGUAUAAUAAUCAAAGUUAUCAUAAUCAAGAUUAUUAUGGUGUUCCGGUUUUUCCAAGUCGUCAUUAUGGCGGCGGCUACGGAAAUGACGAAGGCUAUGUUGGCAUGGGAUAUUAUAAUGGACCUCCUCCUCCUCCAUCACCUAUGUCUAUUCAUAAUCCCCGGCCUGCUGCUUCAGAAAAUGAUGUGUUCAGCGCGGAUAAUCCUAAUGCGUGCUCAAUCAUGUGAUCUAUAUAUAAUAGAUUAGAUGAUAAUUAAUAAGCAUAUGAUGCAAGCAAUGUGAAGUAGAUGAUCGAGUUUUGAUAUCAAUCAAUUAAUUGUAAAUAUUCAUCUUAAUUAAUUUUAUGUACGUAUGCAACUGUU